CACGCGCACACGCACACGCACACGGAGAGAGAGAGAACUGAUAACAUUAGAACGCUGAAAACUGUAGAAGCUGCAGUCGGUAAUAUUUUCUGAGACAAUCUGCUUUCGUUGUUUGGUAGGUCUCUCUCUCUCUCUGUCUCUCUCUCUGUCUCUCUCUCUCUCUCUCUCUCUCUCUCUCUCUCUCUCUCUCUCUCUCUCUCUCUCUCUCUCUCUCUCUCUCUCUCUCUCUCAGUUCUAUCCAGUUUGCUGAUGGAGCGAUGCUGUAGGGGUUGACCCUUUUGCCUCUUCUAGUGUUGUAUCUGCUUCUGCCCCACCGAAACCUGUUUCCCCUUUACCCUGGAGCUUCAACUGUACAGCAAUGGUGGAUGUAAUCAAAUGGCCCCUGUUUAGCCUCUUGAGUGCACAGGACGCUGCGUCAAUACGUCAAGCGUGUGUGUUUGGAACAUCUGCGAAUGAGGCGAUCUACAUCACCCAUGAUAACGAGGUCUACGUCUUUGGGCUGAACUGCAGCAACUGCCUGGGCACAGGGGACAGCACAAGCACCAUCGUCCCUAAAAAGCUAAACUGUCUGAGUGGGAAGAAGGUGGUCAGUGUAAGCUAUGGCAGUGGGCCACAUGUGCUGCUCACAACAGAGGAAGGCCAGCUGUACGCAUGGGGACAUAACGGAUACAGUCAGCUAGGGAACGGUACCACCAAUCAGGGAGUGUCUCCUGUGCUUGUAUCUACUAACCUCCAGAACAAGAGGGUGAUCGAGGUGGCUUGUGGAUCACACCAUUCAGUCGCCCUCACCCAUGAUGGAGAGGUGUUUGCUUGGGGCUAUAAUAACUGCGGUCAAGUAGGAUCAGGUUCCACGUCCAACCAGCCCACACCACGCAGGGUCUCCAGCUGCCUCCUUAACAAAGUAGUGGUCAGCAUAGCCUGUGGUCAGACUUCUUCCAUGGCGGUAACGGACAACGGAGAGGUGUACGGUUGGGGAUAUAAUGGUAAUGGACAGCUUGGUUUGGGGAACAAUGGAAAUCAGCUGACACCAUGCCGUCUAGCAGCGCUGCAGAGUGUCUGCAUCAUGCAGAUAGCCUGUGGUUAUGCCCACUCACUUGCACUAACAGACGAGGGACUGUUAUAUGCAUGGGGAGCCAACACUUAUGGUCAGCUUGGCACAGGCAACAAGAGCAAUCAGCUUAGCCCUGUUCAGGUCAUGGCUGAAAAAGAGAGGAUUGUGGAGGUAGCAGCCUGUCACUCCACACACACCUCGGCAGCGAAGACGCAGAGUGGCCAGGUGUAUAUGUGGGGCCAGUGCAGAGGCCAGUCCAUUGUCUUACCCCACCAAACUCAUUUCAGCUGCACCGACGACGUCUUCGCCUGCUUUGCAACACCGUCUGUCAUGUGGAGACUCCUGUCCAUUGAGCACGAUGAUUUCCUGACCGUGGCCGAGUCUCUGAAGAAAGAGUUUGACAGCCCUGAGACUUCAGACCUGAAAUUCAGCGUUGAGGGCAAAUUCAUUCAUGUCCACAAAGCAGUGCUUAAAAUUAGAUGUGAACACUUCAGAUCCAUGUUUCAAUCCCAUUGGAAUGAAAAUAUGAAAGAGGUGAUCGAGAUCGAUCAGUUCUCCUACCCAGUGUACAGGUCCUUCCUCAAGUUCCUCUACACAGACACAGUAGAUCUUCCUCCAGAGGAUGCCAUUGGACUAUUGGAUCUGGCAACUUCGUACUGUGAGAACAGGCUAAAGCGGCUAUGUCAGCACAUCAUAAAGCGGGGCAUCACUGUAGAAAAUGCUUUCUCCCUGCUUUCUGCUGCAGUCAGAUACGACGCUGAGGAUCUUGAAGAAUUCUGCUUUAAGUUUAGUGUGGACCAUCUGACCGAAGUGACUCAGACUGCAGCAUUCUGGCAGUUUGAUGGGAACAUGCUGAAGGAGUUUAUCUGUAGAGCCAGCCGCUGUGGAGCUUUUAAAAACUAAAUAAUCAGCUAAAUUUUCCCAUGAGUGCAACUGUUACUACAAAUUCAUCCGCACCACUAGAGGUCACUCUGCUCAACUGUUACAGCCUGCACUUUGAGCCCUUUUGCUUUAUUACAAAUAUCCAAGGAGAAUUUUUGUUUAUCCCCAUGGUGUGAACAAUUUUUUUUAUGAAGGGUUGUUGAAAUUAUUUUAAUAGCUGCUUUCUACAAGAAAUAGAUUUUUCUUUAUGGGGAGUUUUUUGUUUCACCGUAGAUACUGUAUUAAAGGUGGGGUGCACAAUGUUUGAGAAAUGCUUCAGAAAACUGAGUCGGGCCAUCGUCUCGCAGAAAGGGGCGCGUCUUGUCAAUAUGCGGCGGAGAGAGUGCUCAGUGCGCAUGUCUCACAUUAGCAGAAAUCGAUUGAAACAUUGACAUGGCUGAUAAAAGUGAAAAAAGGCUUACGGUAAGGCAAGAAGCAGCUUUCCAGCGCUGGAGAGAACUGAACAUCUUCUGCGUGAAAUGGAGCUAAACCUUUCAUGGUAUAACACACAGUUCUACAAAAACACAUUUGUAUUACCAUAGUAUUACUCAUCAAGCUCAUUUAUUGAUAAAAAAUAACCCCUCGGCCAGCUGCCCCAGCAGGUUAUAUACUUGUCUGGGUUAUACUUGGGUUAUACUUGUCUGGUGCAUGUGCUAUCAAAACAGGGGUGGGACCCAUUUGGGUUAGGGGCGUGUUUGUUUAGGUGAUUUCAAAUGUCAACAUUGGCUUUCAAACAUCAUGCACCCCACCUUUAAUACAGAGUAAUAGACACGGUUUGUCCAUUAGACUUUACAGCACUUGGUUUGACAAUGGCAGUUAGGUCAUCUUCACUUCUGUUACAGAGAUGUGUAACCUGUCAGUGUUUAACACUAUAAUCCUUGCUGGAAUCUGUGUUUAAUUUACAAUUGACAGUGUAGAGUCACGGUAAUGUCUUAACAUGCCUGCUGGCCUUAUUGGGCUUGUUUGGACUGUAGUGGGAACUGAAUAACACUUACUGUAAUAACACUAAAUGGUAUUUAAAUCAUGUUGCUAUGCAAUGCAUUAUUGUGCAAUAUUUUUGCCCCCAACAACACUAAACCCCAAUCCUUACCUCAAUGACAUCACAUUCCAAUAGGCAGAGCCAGAGUUAAAGCAACAAGAGAGAUUAAUGGGAGUUUUCUUUCAGUUAUUAUUCAUUUCAGUUGGAGCACGUCUUCAUGUUCGCUGCUCCAGUGUUGAUCAUGACACUUUAGCAAAGUCUUUAAUUCACUGCAUUCCGUAUGUAGAGACAUACAUCACUACGCAUGUCCACUUGAGGAAACCUCUUUUUUUAAUCAGAAAUUCCAUGGAUGCUCAGUUGAAGUUUCAGUGCUUAAUUUACAAGACCUAUUGGCUGAGAAUUUUAGGCAAACAACCAGCUGGACACAAAGCUGCACAUUUAAAUGCACCGUUCCCUAUAGUUAAUGACUGCACAGACAUUUUCAUUUUGUAUGACUUGCUUUGUGUUUGUUUAUGGUAAAUGCUUGUGAAUAUGUAAAAAAAAAAAAAGGAAAAAAGUUUAUUUUUUGUGAAAUGUAUAUAUUGUAUAGGUUUUGAAAUAAAUUUAAAAUUAGGGUGAUUUAAAAUAAAGCAGUGAUGUAAGUUAUUAACUGUUGUUAAAAUUGAAUAAAGUAAACAUAAAUCAA